CUCCCAAGUCUUAUUUCUUUUUUCGUAUAAGAUAAAGACUCCAUUUUGCAAGAAGUCAAGAACUUAUUUUAUGGAUAUUGCUUUCAGCUACUCCCCUGGUUCCAGACUGGAUUGAUGAUUUAUCUGCCGGUCCUGUCUGUAACUGCGCCAGAGUAUAUAACAAACAACUGUAAAUAUCAUUAUUACGGAGUAUUGUUCUUUAUAUACAGAGUUGUGCCCCGUACUAUUUUACUCCGUUUUAAUUACUAAUUGCCUCCGUCUUCACCACCGCCCGCCCGUAAGUCUAGAAGCUGGAUCGCCCCAAAGCUUAGAGGUGAACUUCACUUUGUUUGAUGGUUACAUGGCUGCAAUCAUUGCAUCAUAGAGAAAAGAAAAGAGUGAAGAGACAGGAUAAAACAAAGUACUUCCAUUUACCUUUCAAAGCGAGCAGAUUCUUGCAAAACUGUGAGCUUUGAGUCUAAGAAGAUGUCUACUGCCUCUAAUGGUUUUGAGAAUACUUUGGCUCCAGAAGAACAGAUGCAAAAGAUUGAUGAAGUGAGAAAGUCGAUUGGACCAAUUUCUGGUGAACUGGCUUUGUUUUGUUCUGAUGCAUCCAUAUCAAGAUAUUUAAGGGCACGAAACUGGAAUGUCAAAAAGGCUGUUAAGAUGCUUAAAGCAACGCUCAAAUGGAGACUGGAAUACAAGCCAGAAAAUCUUCGCUGGGACGAUAUUGCUUCUGAGGCACAAACUGGGAAAAUUUACAGGUCAAAUUAUAAAGAUAAACUUGGGAGAACAGUUCUAGUUAUGAGACCUAGUUACCAGAACACAAAAUCAACUAAAGGCCAGAUCAAGUAUUUAGUGUACUGUAUGGAAAAUGCAAUUGUGAACCUUGAUGAUGAGCAAGAACAGAUGGUUUGGUUGAUUGAUUUCCAUGGCUUUAAUAUUUCGCACAUUUCAUUGAAAGUUACCAAAGAAACAGCCCAUGUUUUGCAAGACCAUUAUCCCGAAAGGCUGGGAUUAGCCAUUCUCUAUGAUGCACCCAAAAUCUUUGAACCCUUUUGGAAGGUGGCGAAGCCGUUUCUGGAGCCUAAGACUACAAAGAAAGUCAAAUUUGUGUACUCAGAUGACCCGAAUUCUAAGAAGAUGAUGGAGGACCUGUUUGAAACAAGUCAACUGGAAACCGCAUUUGGUGGGAAGGGUAGUGGAGGCGGCUUUGAUAUCAACGAGUAUGCAGAGAGGAUGAGAGAGGACGAUAAGAAGUUGGCCGCCUUCUGGAUGAUGGUAAAAGAUUAUUACAGUCAUCAUCCAGAAAGUGGUGCUGAAGAACCAUCAGGGGUCCUGUGUUUAGAUACUACUAAUUCGGGUUCAGAUUCUGAUGCCGAGAAAUCAUCAUCUUCAGUUGCUGGUGAUGAUAUAUUUAAGCUUCCUACUCAGCAUGAUUAGACGGUGCUUAUUCAACUGCUGUGCAAUAAACUAUAUUUCCGGCAAGACCUUUUUUCGUUGCUAAAUCUCAUGGCAAAUGAGUCCAUUUUGUUGUAACUGUUCACCCUAACAAGCAAACAGCUCUCUCUGAUCCCAUGUUAAUACUAAUUAGUUCUAAAUAAUACAGUAAUAGAAAUCAAGCAAUACGCCAAAUUUCUGCAGUUUCAAUGCACACUGUCCCAUUGUCCAAAUUUUGGGGAUCUUCUA